AACACAGGCUGUUGUUUGCUUCUUUUGGUAAAGGCUUUAGCUGCGGCAGAUCCACCGGCGGCGCCCCGAGAAUCGAAGAUGCCGGUGAAGGUGUUCGGAUCGCCGACGUCGGCGGAGGUCGCCCGCGUCCUGGCCUGCCUGUUCGAGAAGGACGUCGAGUUCCAGCUCAUCCGCGUCGACUCCUUCCGCGGCACCAAGCGCCUGCCCCAGUACCUCAAGCUCCAGCCGCACGGCGAGGCGCUCACCUUCGAGGACGGCAACGUCACCCUCGUCGAGUCGAGGAAGAUCCUGCGCCACAUCGCCGACAAGUACAAGAACCAGGGGUACAGGGACCUGUUCGGCCCGGGCGCGCUGGAGCGGGCCUCCAUCGAGCAGUGGCUGCAGACGGAGGCGCAGAGCUUCGACGUCCCCAGCGCCGACAUGGUCUACAGCCUCGCCUACCUGCCGCCCGACAUGCAGCUCGACGGCAGGGGCGUCGGCGGCCUCCCGGCGGCGACGGGGACGAUGAACCCGGCGCACCGGCAGAAGGUGGAGGAGAUGCUGCAGCUGUUCGAGAAGAGCCGCAGGCAGCUGGGCAAGCUGCUGGACAUCUACGAGCAGCGCCUUGGCGAGGAGGCCUUCCUGGCCGGAGGCAAGUUCACGCUCGCCGACCUGUCCCACCUGCCCAACGCCGACCGCCUCGCCGGCGACCCGCGGUCCGCACGCCUCAUGGAGUCGCGCAGGAACGUCAGCAAGUGGUGGGACACCGUAUCCCGCCGCGACUCUUGGGUCAGGGUCAAGGAGUUGCAGCGCCCGCCGUCCGCGGAGGCGCCCUUCUGAUGUCGAUCGAUCGCAAAUUAAGGCGGUGGCCUUUGCUCAAGCCUACGUGUUCGGUUUCUGCAUAAUUUUUUAAUAAAUAAACGCCACUGGCCCCUCUACGUCAUUGGCGAUUGUUCAUUGUGUAAUAAAUCGUUCAAGAGCAUAUGAUGCUUCUUGCCGUGA